ACUCCUCCGCCAUGGCUUCCGAUAUGGCCCUCCACACCUUCUCUCCCUCCGACCAAAACAACCCCAACCCCUCCCCCAAUACCCAACUCUCUCUUCCUCGGAAAUCCUCUUCCUCUCUCUCCAAAGACCGCCACACCAAGGUAAACGGCCGUGGCCGCCGUGUCAGGAUGCCGGCACUCUGCGCUGCCCGUAUCUUCCAGCUGACGCGUGAACUCGGUCACCGCUCCGACGGUGAGACUAUCGAGUGGUUACUCCGCCAGGCCGAGCCUUCCAUCAUCGCCGCCACUGGAUCCGGCACCGUCCCAGCCACUCACGAAGUGUCCUCCACUGCGGGUCCAACCACGAGCUCCGCUACUUCGUCCGUCCCCUGCCGGAUACAUGCUGUGGGGAGCAGCGUUGCUACAGCUGCCAUGCCGAUGUUCUCGAUGCCGCCUCCACCGAGCUGUCGGCUGGACUUGUGCCAGCCCAUCACCGUUCAGUAUUCAGGUGAAGCGGCAAAUGGGUAUCGCCACAUGCCGUUUACGGCGUUGUUGUUGCAACCCACGGCCGGGGCGGCCGAACAUGAAGAUGAGCAGAGGCAGCAGGAGGCGGAAACUAGAAAAUAAAAAUAAUGAAUAAUAUAGAGAUGUAGGAUCAAGGAAUGAAAUGAUUCUUUUUGGAUUAUAUUUCAGCUAUGGGUAUUAGAAUCGUUUCAUUCUGCUUUAUUUUUCCAUUUGACUUCAUGGAUUAUAGCCUUACAAGAUAUGUAUAUUAAUUUGGUGAAAAUGAAAUGAAAAAUAGUUU